AUGAGAGAAAUGGCAGGUGCUGUACGAGCUUCCAGUUUUCUACUCCUUCUCGUCCACCAUCUUCUUUCUUCCUCUCUUUCAUACUCAAGACCCAUCACUCUCGUUCAGUCAUCACCACGCUUUCAUUUAGGACUUGAACCAUCAGUCUUCAUCAACAUCAAUACUCCUGCACCUUUUACCUGCUUCUCGUGGAGCGUGGUGCUUGGCUAUCCUCUCGUUUCCAUUCCCCGUCUGCAUCUGUACUUCGGCUCAGGACUCACUCACACCAUGCAUUCAAUUGUUGCACUCUUGCCACUCCUUCUGGCCCCUGCGGCCAAUGCUGCAGCCAUGCCACAGAUCUCGCCCACUACUGGCACCUCCAUGCAACGCCCGAUCGUCUUCCCCAGGCAAAGCAGUCCUGAAGACGUCAGAUGUGGUCCAAGCAUCGGACUGAGAUGUGAUGCAUCUGACCCCGGGAGCGGGUGGUGCUGUUCCAGUAGUGGAUACUGCGGCAACGGACCUGAAUACUGUGGGACAGGGUGCCAGGUGGCGUAUGGAAAAUGUGCCAUUGGAGAUCCUGAGAAUAGACCACCACCCACGUCAAUUGCAGCAAGACCAUCACCAACCGCAUUUCCGGGUCAACGCUGCGGUGCCGAGAAUGGCAACCUACAGUGUCCGGCCGGCCUUUGCUGCUCACAUGCUGGCUACUGUGGGUAUACCACUGAUUUUUGUUCCGUUCCUUGGAAUUGCCAACGGGAAUAUGGCUGGUGUGACUCUGCAGAAUCCCCCAAUGGCUACAACUUGGCCAAUGAGCCGCGGCCAAAGAUUGGCCAAGUGCCUUAUGGAACGUUGAUCACAACCUGCACAACUCCCAAUGCAAUUGCACUGACUUAUGACGAUGGUCCAUCAAACAACACCGAGAAGCUCCUGGAAAUUUUGAAAAAACACGACGCAAAAGCAACAUUCUUUGUGGCCGGCAUCACCAACGGAAAGGGCGAAAUCGAUCACGAAGAGAAAUGGGUCAAAACUAUCAGACGGAUGGUCAUGGAAGGACACCAAGUCGGAUCUCACACUUGGUCUCACGCGGAUAUCGAAAACAUGACUUCUCCAACUCGUAGAAGUGAGAUCGCCAAGAAUGAGAGAGCCAUGGUCAACAUCCUCAACAAGUAUCCGACGUACAUGAGACCACCGUACGUGAAGUGCUCAAAUACAACAAGCUGUCUGAGUGACGUGAACACAAUGGGAUACCAUGCUAUCUCAUACUCGUUGGACAGCACUGACUGGAUGCAUUCUGAUGACCUCAAUGCGAUGAAGGCAGCAUUUGAUGAUGCUUUGAACAAGACUGCCCCGGAUGGCAAUAUGCUCCUUAUCCAACAUGACACCAUUCGAACGUCAUCUAUCGACCUCACCAAUCAUGUUCUGGACGCAAUUAAACGCAGGGGAUGGAAAGCUGUCACAGUUAGAGACUGCCUCGAGGAUAACGCCGAAAACUGGUAUCGAAUGCCCGAAUGGACCACUCCAUCUUCAAUGGCCAAAGAUGGCUGUGUUGUCUCAGGCUCUGGCUUUUGCGGAAGAUUGGAUCUCUUCUCGAACCGCCUGGAAUGCUACAAGAGUGCGGAGAAAUGCUACAAGCAAACAGCAGAUUGCAAGAAUGCAAAGACCGACGACAAAGGGGACAAAAACACUCGGCCAUGCGAGCUGAUGGACAAGAUCUGCAAGGAUCAAACCCUCUUCUGCAAGUCUUGCGGGAAAUCAGCAACUGGGUCCAGUGCUUGUGAAACGAACAACUUCGACGUCGACAACCGCGUGCGAUGA